UAUAUAUAUAUAUAUACACCCACCACCGCCACCCUCCACCGUAUAUCUUUCAAACCCUUUUCUUCAUAUCUUUCUUUCUCUAAAACCUGCAACAAUGAGAAUGAGCUGUAAUGGCUGUCGGGUCCUGCGAAAGGGAUGUAGUGAUGACUGUAGUAUAAGACCUUGUUUGCAGUGGAUUAAGUCGCCGGAAUCACAAGCAAACGCUACUGUCUUUUUAGCUAAGUUCUAUGGCCGUGCCGGACUUAUGAACCUUAUCAACGCCGGUCCUGAAAACCUUCGUCCUGGAAUAUUCCGGUCGCUUUUGUACGAGGCUUGUGGUCGGAUUGUGAACCCGAUUUACGGGUCUGUCGGGUUGUUAUGGUCGGGAAGGUGGCAGCUUUGUCAGAAUGCGGUGGAAGCGGUGUUAAAUGGGUCUCCGAUCGUUCAGGUGGCUUCCGACACGGAGGAGACGAAUAACGGACCGCCUUUGAAGGCGUACGAUAUCCGCCACAUAUCGAAGGAUGAGAACUCCGGUGGGUCUAACGAGCUUCACCGGAUCAGGACACGGUGUCGUUUCAAGAGAUCGGCAUCGAAAGGAAAAGCAAAAGAUAACCGGGUUUGGGUCGGAUCAUGCGAGGAAGUAUCGGGUCAUGACGAGAUUAACAACAGGUCGUCCAGUCAUGAGUCUACACUGAGCCACCAAUCUGAGGCGGCGCAUGUGGCGGAAGGUGAGAGCCACGAGACGGCGGAGGAAAGCUUGGUGUCGGUAGAGACGGCUGAGGGCUCCGCCGCGGCUCCCGUUAAAAUCGAGAGGGAUGAGUCGGCUACGAUUCAGGACAAUAAUGAUGAGAUUGGACUGGAGUUAACGCUUGGUUACGAGCCUGUUCGUCGUUCCCGGAGUCGGAGUCGGAGUCCCCAAAACGUUCAAAAACUAACCGGAGCUUCUGAUAACUCCGGCGAGGCAAUUUACAGGAUGGAACUGGGACUAGAUUAUCCAGUGUAGCAAGAUUGUAGCGAGUGAAAUGUACUAGAUCAGUUUUGACGGUUCAGAUCGAGUGUUUUCUUUUUUCUUUAUUUUUGUUUGAAAUUUGUAUACAGUUUUUUUG